GCUGUCUGAUUGGUUGCUCUGGUCAUGUGAUUUCACAGAAAAAACUCAGGUGGAUGUACGCAGAUCAGACAGACAGAGAGGACGUGUGGAGGUGAAGACAGAGAGAGGACGUGUGGACACGAGGACUGAGCGUGCUCAGAGCUGCUGUACCUGCAUCAACAAACAGAGACGUUCUGAUCUCAUCAGCACAGUUUGAUUUGAAGUCAGCUUCUUCAUGACUUUGAAGAGGAAAUUUCAACACUUCCAGGACAAGGACGAUCUCUGAAGAUGGCUUCAAACCAGAGAAGAAGACGACGGAGCAGAGAAUAUCCUCCUGAUCUGUCUGAAAUGGAUGAGAAACAAAGGAACACAUCAUCCAAGUAUGACAACAUCACCUGCAAAGUUCUGAUCCAUUCAGGAUCUCCCACUCUCUACCAGCUGAAACCAAAGAAAGAGAAGAUUGGAUCUUUGAAACAAAUGACUCUUGGUGAAAAAAAUCAAAACAAGAUAAACAAAACCAUCUUACUUGUUGGUGAAACAGGAGCAGGAAAAUCUACUCUGAUCAACGCUCUGGUCAACUACGCCAUGGGAGUGGAGUGGGAGGAUGAUGUCUGGUUUAAGAUCGUAGAGGAGAAGGAGAAAAGCCAAGGUGAAAGUCUGACGUUAGAUGUGAUCGUGUACCAGAUCUUUGGUUUUGAAGAUAAACCUCUACCCUACUCUCUGACCAUCAUCGAUACUCCUGGAUACGGAGACACCAGAGGGAUCGAACAUGAUGCCAGUGUCAGUGAAAGGUUACUUGACUUUUUCUGCUCAGUCGGAGUUGAUGAGAUUGAUGCAGUGGGUCUGGUGCUGAAAGCGAGUGUGAAUCAACUUACUGACCAUCAGAAAUACAUCUUUGAUUCAGUGGCGUCUCUGUUUGGAAAAGACAUGGAGAAGAACAUCGUCACUCUCAUCACACACUCAAAUGGAGGAGCACCAAAAAAUGUUCUACAAGCUCUCAAGGCUGCAAAGAUUAAAUGUGCCAGAAAUGAGAAGAAUCAGCCUGUUCACUUCCUGUUUGAUAACUGCCAACAUGAAGACAGGACAGAGGAUACAGAAGCCCUCCGACAUGCAGAUAAAACAUCAAUGAAAGGAAUGAAGCAGUUCACAAACUUUCUGGGAACAACGGAACCUCAGAAGUUGGAGACAACCGUGAAUGUCCUGAACGAGAGAAUCAGACUGACAGCUUGCAUCCAAAACCUGGAAGAGAGAAAUAAGUUGAUAGAUCUAAAGCAAACAGAGAUCCAACAGACUCAGGAUGGUCUGAAGAUGUAUGAACAAGAGAUAAAGAACAUUGAGAAGUUCACUGUAGAAGUUGAUGAGGUCUACAAAGAUAAAGAACGUAUUGAUGGUGGGAUGUGGGGGUUAGGGGUGUUCUAUGAAGGAGCUGUCUGCUGUACUGUCUGUGAGGAGAACUGUCACUAUCCUGGAUGCACAGUGGCCUGGUAUCCAGGACACUGUGAGGUGAUGAAAGAUGGCCGCUGCACUUCAUGUACCGGGAAGUGUCCUGUAUCAGCUCAUGUGAAAGACAACUAUAAGUAUGUAAACAAGACAAGAAAAGUUCAAAAAACUCUAGAAGAUGUGAAAGCAAAGUAUGAAAUGAAGAAAGAACAAACUAAGAAGAAAGAGAGCCAUUUGGAACGUCUUCAGAAAGAGAUGGAAACCCUGGAAGCAAAGAAAACAGCUUUGUUGGAUAAAGCCUACCAGCAUGUUGUCAAACUGGAGCAGAUCGCCCUGAAUGUCCUUUCACUGUCUACUUAUGUCCACCUGGACUUCCUGAUUGAGGAGAUGGAGAAGAGAAAGGACACAGAGAAGGUCAACCAUCUAAAAGAAAUGAAAAGUAAAAAAUACGAAGGUUUUCAGGCAGGACUGCAGUACAGUAAACUUCCUCAAAUGUUCAAAAAGAAAUAAAGAUUCCUAGAGGGUUACCGAGGUCCAGACUGAUGAAGACAUGUCCCGUUGUCCUGGAGGUCCACCUGCUCAUCACUGGAGCAAAGUGAACAUUUAAACCUCAGGAGAAAGAUCUGAAGUCCAUCUGUGUUUAAGGUUAGUUACUGAAACUCAACCAACAUCUAGGAGAUCUACUACUGCUUAGUCCUCACCU